AAACGAGUGAGUAGAAUGAAAGAAAUGUGUGCGUCUGUAAAAGAGUGUUUAUUUCACUACUUUGAUGGUUCUGAGAAGCAGAAGCUCCUUUUAAAGCCAUAUCUCAAAUUUCAAUUCAAAAACCAUAAACACAAAAGAAUAAAAUCAUGACAAAGUGUAUACUGCUUUGCUACAAAAGAGUAAUGUUUAAGCUGAACAAAAAGAGGAAAAUAAUCUUGAAGGUGUUAGUAGUUCAAAAGUAUGUUAAGUCUCUUUGGAACAAAAUUGUUGCUUGCUGUAUAGGUUAUAAGUCCAUUAAGUAUAGGAAAUUGUCACACCACCAUUCUUCUUCCUCGUCUACCACCACCAACACCACCGCGACGCCUUUGCCUUCUAAGAGGGCCAUCCCUGACUAUGGCUUAACCGCGCCAUGUUGCUGUGAUCACAUCAAGGAGGGAUCUUUGGAGGAUUUGGUUUCAUUGAAGAUUUGUCUAUUGGGUGAUAACCAAAUUGGCAAGACAAGUUUCUUGACGAAGUAUGUAGGAAAGGAGACAGGAGAAGAAAGCUGUUCAUCAAAAGGGUUAAAUCAAAUGGACAAAAGCUUGUUUGUUAAAGGUGCAAGAAUAACCUAUACUAUAUGGGAAGUCCAAGGUGAUGUUUCUGCAUCUACUCAGAUUCCUACAGCUUGUAAAGACUCUGUAGCAAUAUUAUUCAUGUUUGAUCUCACAAGUCGCCGUACACUAAAGAGUGUUAUUAGUUGGUAUCAACAAGCACGACAAUGGAAUCAGACGGCAAUUCCAGUAAUGAUAGGGACAAAGUUUGAUGAUUUUGUGCAGUUGCCGUUAGAUGUGCAAUGGACCAUCGCAAAUCAGGCAAGAGCAUAUGCAAAAGCACUAAAUGCAACCCUAUUCUUCUCAAGUGCAAAAUACAACAUAAAUGUGAACAAGAUAUUCAAGUUCAUCACAGCCAAGCUCUUCAACUUACCAUGGGCAAUGGAACGUAACCUCACUAUUGGAGAACCCAUCAUUGACUACUAGUUUCACUUAAAUAUUUGCAGCUAGAAGAAGAGAAAAAGAACCAGCAAAUUGAUUAUGAUUGUAAAUAUGAAAAUUUCAGAAAAAGGAAUGAUUCUCAGUCAGUCAACCCGUCAGUGGACGCACAGAUGUGAGAGAUUGGCUAUGGUGGGUAUGAGAAUAGGUAGAGGUAAGUUGAAGAAGUAUUGGAGGGAGGUGAUUAGACAACACAUGAAAGAUUGUAGCUUACCGAGAACAUGAUCCUAAAAUAUGAAGAUAUGGAAGUUGAGUAAUAGUGUAGAAGGUGAAUAUGUAGUCAAGUUCUGUUUCCUUAUCAGUUAUGUUACCUACUGUCUUAUUUUUCAAUUUUAGUAGUAUUAAAUGUUGUCUCGUUAGCUUCAGUUAUCAUGUUAUAUGUUGUUGCUACGGUUCACUUUUUCAUUGUUUUCAACAUGUCUUCUUCACUA